CAUUGAUGGCUAAACGUCACAUACAGGGUCCGAGGCAAUGGAAGCGGCCAUGAAGCUCGCCCGGCAGUAUCAUCUCGAGCUCUCCCCCGACUCACCUCGACUCAACUUCAUCGCGAGAAAGGGCUCCUGGCACGGCUGCACGCUCGCCGCGCUCUCCCUGGGAGACUUCACACCCAGGAAAGAAAUCUUCCGCUCCAUACUGCACAACAACGUCACGCACGUCUCGCCGUGCCACCCGUACCGCGACCUGCGCGACGGCGAGACCACCGAGGAGUAUGUCGCCCGGCUCGCACAAGAACUGGAAGAUGAGUUCCAGAGACUGGGCCCCCACACCGUGUGUGCGUUUGUCGUCGAGCCCAUGGUUGGCACGGCUCUCGGCUGCGUCGUCGCCCUGCCCGGCUACCUCCAGGCCAUGAAAGACGUCUGCCACCGCCACGGCGCGCUCAUCAUCUUCGACGAAAUCAUGUGCGGCAUGGGCCGUACGGGCUCUGUGCACGCCUGGCAGCACGACGACGUCGUCCCUGACAUCCUCGCCGUGGGCAAGGGGCUGGCCGCCGGGUACGGGACUGUCUCGGCACUGCUGCUGCACCAGGGGGUCAUCGAGGGAAUGCGCGCGGGCACCGCGACGUUUGAGCACGGCCAGACGUACCAGUGCCACCCGCUCGACGCCGUGGCUGCACUGGAGGUGCAGCGAAUCAUCCAGGAGCAGGGCCUGAUCCAGAACGCGCACAAGAUGGGCGAGCUGUUCGGGGCGCUACUGAAGAAGAGAUUCCUGAGCCACCCUCACGUCGGCGAUGUCAGAGGCCGCGGCCUCUUCUGGUCCAUCGAGUUCGUCGCCGACAAAGCGACCAAGACCCCCUUCGACCCUAAGCUCAACAUCGCGCGCCGCUUCCGUAUGCGCGGCCUUGAGAAGGGCUACGACGUGUGCCUCUUCUCGGCGCAGGGCUGCGCCGGCGGAACGACAGGCGACCACUUCCUCCUCGCGCCGCCGUACACCAUUACUAGCGCGGACGCCGAGGAGAUCGUGGUCCGCGCCGGGCGCGCAGUGGACAGUGUGUUUGCGGAGCUGCAGAUCUUCCCUGCGGCGUAGGCUGCAGGAAAUUCUGCUGUGCUGUGCUGUGCGAGGGAGCGGAGUUGAUUUUGCGGUGGCUGCAAAUGUAAACGCUGGCUCGAGGGAGGCUUGAAAACCAAAAAAACGGGGGGCAUCGAAGCAGUUAGGAACCUUAACCUUACGGAAUAGUAGUAUUUGUUAGCUAGCAGCAACGGG